UCAAUUUUAAACUGUCAAACCCGAUGCUUCUCCCUCCAGCUCAAAGUGUCAUGGUUGUGGAUUGUUUAUUGAAAAGUACAAGCGAAACGGGACGUUGAAAUUCCCGGUUUGUUAAUUCGACGGUGUAAAGGAUAAGGUGAUUGUCGGCUUGCCGGAAAGCAUUAAGCGAAAAUGGAUUUCCUCAUAGCAAACGUAGAUGAUGUCGUGUUUAAAAUUGAGAAAGAUCUUAACGAGCAGUUCGGCGCGUUGCCGCUGCCGUUCCCCGGAAUGGACAAAUCGACCGCCGCCGUUUGUCUGUUCUUCAACGGAACCGACGGUACGGAGUGUGAGAAGGGUGCCGGUUGUCCGUUCCGGCAUAUCCGCGGCGACCGCACAAUCGUCUGCAAGCAUUGGCUGCGCGCGUUGUGUAAGAAGGGAGAUCAGUGCGAGUUCCUGCACGAGUACGACAUGACCAAGAUGCCGGAAUGUUACUUUUACUCGCGGUUCAACGCGUGCCACAACAAAGAGUGUCCGUUUCUGCACAUAGAUCCGGAGAGCAAGAUCAAAGACUGCCCUUGGUAUGACCGUGGCUUUUGUCGCCACGGGCCCAACUGUCGGCAUCGGCACGUGCGCCGGGUGUUGUGCAACUUUUAUCUGGCCGGAUUUUGCCCGGAUGGACCGUCCUGUAAGUUUAUGCAUCCGCGGUUUGAGCUUCCACCGCCGCCGGAAACCAAGGACCAGAUGCCGAAGCGACCACCAACCUGUCACUACUGUGGAGAGCUGGGACAUAAGGCUUGCUAUUGUCCGAAGAUGCCACAAGAGCAACGUGAAGCAACGCUGAGAAUUGAAGAGGCGAGAUAUCGAACGCUAGGUUACUUCAAACAUCGACCGAAUCAAGACAACUCGAACCAGAACGCGGAAGAUGGUGGCGCUCCGUUGCCGCCGAAACCAUCUCCUCGUCCGCUGGAGGAAAUCACCUGCUUCAAAUGUGGUAACAAGGGACACUACGCUAACAAGUGCACGAAAGGACAUUUGGCAUUUUUGUCCAACAAUGCUGUUAGGAAAUAGUGCAAAAUAAACAAUGUUAUACUUGUAAACUA